AUGUGGCUCUACCUGGUGACUCUUGUGGGCCUUUACUACCUUCUGCGUUGGUACCGUGAGAAGCAGGUGGUGAGCAAUCUCCAAGAGAAGCAUGUCUUCAUCACGGGCUGUGACUCGGGCUUUGGGAACCUGCUGGCCAGACAGCUGGACAGAAGAGGCAUGAGGGUGCUGGCUGCAUGUCUGACGGAGAAGGGAGCCGCGGAGCUGAGGAAGAAGACAUCAGACAGGCUGGAAACAGUGAUCCUUGAUGUCACCAAGACAGAGAGUAUUGUGGCAGCCACUCAGUGGGUGAAGGAGCGUGUUGGGAACAGAGGACUCUGGGGCCUGGUCAACAAUGCUGGCAUCUCCAUCCCCUCGGGUCUCAAUGAGUGGAUGAACAAAGAGGAUUUUGCGAAGAUACUGGAUGUGAACCUGUUGGGCGUGAUCGAGGUGACUCUGAGCAUGCUGCCCUUAGUGAGGAAGGCCAGGGGUCGAGUGGUCAAUGUUUCCAGCGUCUUGGGACGAGUGUCUCUGUUUGGUGGUGGUUACUGCAUCUCCAAGUAUGGUGUAGAGGCCUUCUCGGACUCCAUCAGGAGGGAGCUCUCCUAUUUUGGAGUGAAGGUGGCUAUAAUAGAGCCUGGCUUCUUCCAGACUGCUAUUUCCAGUAGUGACAGGCAUUUGUCACAUUCCCAGAUGCUGUGGGACCGGGCAAGCUCAGAAGCCAAAGAGAUCUAUGACGAGAAGUUUUUGUCAUCCUAUCUGACAGGGCUAAAGUUAUUGGACAAACUGUGCAAUAAGGACCUCUCCUUGGUUACAGACUGCAUGGAGCAUGCACUGACUUCCUGCUACCCCCGGACCCGAUAUUCAGCUGGUUGGGAUGCCAAGCUCUUCUACAUCCCUGUGAGCUACCUGCCCACCCGUCUUGCAGAUGUCAUCUUAUUCUGGACCUCCACGAAGCCUGAAAAAGCUCUGUGAAGCCUGCAUCUGUUUAUGUAGUUGGGAGUUUAAGAGUGCAGUGUGAGGGAGAGAAUUCUCGGGAGAAGGCAGAUGCUGGGCUCGGGACAAACUUGUCAUUAAGAGGGAGAUUCAUAGGUGCCUGAAUUUUAUUCCUUUGGUAUGACCAUGGAGAACAUAGAGCCACAGGAAAAGCUUCUAUGUUUAAACAAUGAUUCUAAUCUUGGUAAAAAUAAGAAAGUGAUCUUCCAUGUA